CUUCGGAGCCCGCUGCUUUUUGGAGGCAUAUUCUGUGUUUUAUGACUUUCUCCCCUGAUCCGCAGUGUUUGCUCAGCGUCUGCCAGAGUGGACGUGCUCUAUCAUGGCCGUCUGAAUCGCGAUCGGAUUGCAGUCUGAUCUCCUUUCCCCCCUUUUUCCCGACACAGGGAUUUAAUUAUCUACCCCGAUCGCAUUGGAAAUCGCUUCUUUGGGAAUAUUACUCCAUUUGUGCCAAUGUUAAAACAUGCAGCCUCCGCCAAGAAAGGUGAAAGUGACACAGGAACUGAAGAACACGCACACGGAGCAGCUCGGCAGGCUGCAUUUAAAACACCAGUCAGAAUGUGAUUUAUUGGAAGAUAUGAGAACUUACAGCCAGAAAAAGGCCACUCUUGAGAGGGAUUACGCACAGGCCCUCCAGAAGUUGGCAAAUCAGUAUUUAAAGAGGGACUGGCCCGGUAUCAAACCAGACGACCAGAGAACAGACUACAGGAAUGUGUAUGGAGUAUGGAGGGCUUUUCUCGAAGGCACCAUGCAGGUUACGCAGUCUCGUCUCAACAUCUGCGACAACUACAAGAACGAGAUUUCAGACCCUGCCAAAACCUUACGACUCUACAAAGAACAGCAGCUAAAAAAGUGCAUUGAGCAGCUGGGUCGGACCCAGGCGGAGCUUCAGGAUUCAGUGAAGGAUCUGGCCAAAUCCAAAAAGAAAUACUUUGAGUUGGAGCAGAUGGCCCAGGCAGUUCGUGAAAAGGCGGACAUUGAGUCCAAGUCAAAGCUGGGGCUCUUUCAGUCCAGGAUAAGUUUACAGAAGGCCAGUGUGAAGUUAAAGGCUAAGAGGAGUGAUUGUAACUCCAAAGCGACCCAUGCGAGAAACGAGUAUCUUCUCACACUGGCGGCAGCCAAUGCACACCACGACCGCUACUACCAGACCGACCUGGUCAACUGCAUUAAGGCUCUGGAGGGGAAUGUAUAUGACCAUGUGAAGGACUAUCUGAUAUCCUUUUGUCGGACUGAACUGGAAGCGUUUCAAGCCAUCCACAACACCUUCCAGUUCCUGCUUGAGAAGUCCAGUCGAGUAAUACAAGACUUCAACCAGCAAUUGUUCUUGCAAGAAAAUCCUGUGUUUCAUAAAGCACAAGACUUUCAGUUUCAACCAAGUGAUAGCGAUACGACUCUGAGUUCAGUGCAGCAGUUGGUGGACAUUGAGCCGUCGGCCGUCAGUGUGAUGAGAAUGACUCUGGCGCAGAGUCGACAGCUGGAAUCAGAGACGGGCACCACCGAAGAACACAGUCUCAAUAAAGAGGCGAGAAAAUGGGCCACACGUGUUGCCCGUGAACACAAAAACAUCAUCCAUUACAAACGGACUCAAGAGGAGUGUGAGGCGCUCGGGACUCCGCCCACAGAACAGAGCCGGAAUGAGCUGGAAUUCCGAAUAGAGGAAGCAAAGGAGAACAUCCGCAAAGCAGAGACAGUAAAGCUGAAAGCAGAAGCGCGCUUGGAUCUUUUGCGGCAAGUGGGCGUUUCCGUAGAUACGUGGUUGAAGAGUGCCAUGAAUCAGGUGAUGGAGGAACUGGAGAACGAGCGCUGGGCAACACUGCCCACCCUCACCACCCAUGAUCUCUCUAUUUCAACGACGGUGGAUUUGGAUAGAGAGGAGGGAGAAGAACUGGAAGAGAACAUGGAGACGUAUGACGACAGCAGCUCUAGUCCUUCAGGAACCUUGAGGAACUAUCCUCUCACCUGCAAGGUGCUCUACUCCUACAAGGCUUCUCAGCCAGAUGAACUAACAAUUGAUGAGCAUGAGAUGUUGGAGGUUAUAGAAGAUGGGGACAUGGAGGACUGGGUUAAGGCGCGGAAUAAGUCCGGUCAGGUGGGCUACGUUCCAGAGAAAUACCUGCAGUUCCCCACCUCUAACAGCGUACUGAGCAUGCUCCAGUCUCUCGCUGCACUCGACUCACGCUCACACACAUCUAGUAACUCCACUGAGCCUGAGCUGGCCUCAGGCAGCUUCAACGGAGACAGCAGCAUGAGUUUUGUUAAGGCCAUGUACGACUAUGAGGGUCAGACAGAAGAUGAGUUGACGUUCCCUGAAGGCGCCAUCAUUCGGAUCCUCAACAAGGACAACCAGGAGGAUGACGGCUUCUGGGAGGGCGAGUUUAACGGGCGAGUGGGCGUCUUUCCAUCCGUGCUGGUGGAGGACCUGACGGCUUCAGAAAAUGGUGAUGCUCACUGUGGAACAGACGCACAAGUGUCCCCAUGCCAAAGGCUUCAUUCAUCACUUCCUCCUUUGGCACUGUAUGAUCAGCCACCCUGCAGCCCAUAUAGCCCAGAAACCAGCACAGCAGCCUCUCUGCCCCGCUCGCCAUCUGUCAACGGAGACCACAAACUGCCCCUGCCACAGAAACCUUACGUUCAUAAUCACAAUUCCAGUUUAAGUCCUGAGAGCCCAGGCUUCUCUCAGCCAUUGAGACUCACUCCAGACGGAUCUGGCUCUGGGAAACUUAGACCUGUCCGGGCAGCACCUCCUCCUCCAAAACAACACCCUCGCAGACAAGUGGAGAAAACCGAAGAGGUGGAAAUCACGCUGGUGUAGAACCCCAUCUGACCUCUAACUCCUCCCACUCCUCUCAGGAGGGGCGGGGCAUAUGUUAAUCCACCCUAUGAGCAUUCUUACAUCCCUGAGGGGUGGAGAUGAGCAUCUCUACGGCAUCGCCACGCCUUUUGCUAAUAACAAACACCUCUUUUGGCGUCAGAGACUGUUUGUUGCCUUAAACCGCUUUCACGCCAAACUGUAAUCCUUGUAUUCGUAAUUACUUUAUUGUACAAAGAGAACAGAAGACCUACAACUUCAGACUUUAUAAAUCCACUCAAUGCCACUUAAAUUUAAAGGCGGAUGUGUAAGUGUGCAUCUAAAAAACAGGACACAAUACAAGGAUUGAAAGGAUGCUGUUGAUUUGGGGGGAAAAAAGGCUCUUCAGCAGGCUUUUGAAGAGCAGAACAUGCAAUACUAGGAAUUGUGGGGAAAUUCAGGAGGCCUUGUCAUACCCAAGGGGUCAGCUACGAAACGAACAGUCCCACCAUAUACGUUUUUGAUGUGUAGUGCUUAAUCCGUUUCUUUACUAGAUUUUUUUUGUCUUUUUGUUUUACCGAGAAAAUAUCAAAGUAUUCUUAAAACAACGUAAAAAAAAAAAAAAGCUUGAAAGCAAAAUUAAAAAACAAAAAUAUGUAUUUUUUAUUUUUGAAAUCUUUUUUUCCUCCUUGAUAAGAAUAAAUCCAACAAAAAAGAGAGAGAGAGAGAGAGAGAAUUGUAUGCUUAAAAUAAGAAGGAAAAAAAUAUUUGUCAGUGGAGUAGUAAAAAAAAGGAGAUAUUCUUAUAUAUUUUCUAUAAAUUGGCUUAAAAUCAUACACCAUUUUGUUUUCAAGCAUAUUACUUUUUUUUUUAAGGCUAUUUAGAUAUUUGACUGGAAAUCAAGACCAAAAAUGUCAUUAAGAAUUUUUUAUUUUUUUUAUUAUUUUGUUCUCUCUCACAGUACAUUACUGUCAUCAUUGGAAUGUUCUGAUCACAAAAACAUUUUGAUAUGUUACAGAUCAUGCAGACAUCUCAAGAAGAAAGGGAAAUGUACAUAACAUGAUAUAAGGAAAGAGUAAAUUAAAAGAAAUAGAGGGAAAAGGAAAAGAGAGGAAAGGCUGGUUCCUUAACUCUUUUUUCCAUCUGUUUGGCUUCCUCCUCCUCCUCCUCCUCCUCCCAUCAGAAUAUUGCUCUUUUGUUUGGUGUUGAUCUGAAAAUAAGUACUAACUACACAGCUAUAUUCUUUUUUUCAGCUUUUCAUUAUGAAGAUCAGUGCUUGUAUGUAUUACUAAUAUUUAGUCUUCAAAAGAACAUGCGUGAGACCGAUUUACAGAUGUCGUGAUGUCUUUGAGCAUCCGCUAGCAAUUAUUCUGUGACUUUUGCCUCCGCAUUGCCGGUAUGUUUGUGUCUCUUCGGGCUGAACGUAAUCUUUGAAAUAUACCGAUCAAUAUACAGAUAUAAAGUGCUUCUCCAGCAUAAUGCAUUUUUCAUUCUCAUUGUGUUGGCACUGUAUUGGAUUGAAUGGAAUAUUUUUUUGGUUUCUUUUAUCGAGUGUCAUGGCAGUAUUUUAGAUUGUUAAUCAAUCUCUUUCAGAUGUGAUGGUAUAGAUUUCCUCCAAUAAGCACAGACAUGCCGCACAGGUGGACGGAAAGGCUGAUGGAGAUGUUUUGUUUAAUUAUAUCAUAUAAAAGCAAACUUAUUACAGUGUCCUGAGUGCUUUCCCCUUUUACAAGGGGCAGCUACGUUUUAGUCGGUUUUGCAGUUGAACAGUUUCAAGUCAAAAACCAAUUGGCAUUUCAUCUUAAAGAAAGAGUACUUCUAUAGUAUGAAAAAUUCUGACAGACUUUUCGUUUUUGGAAGAAUUAUUCCUUAAAUUGUGGACAUUUUACAUAUACAAGUCAUUAUAUUAUUCACUAUUUGCCACAGUAUUUUCAUGCAUAUCUUGAUGUGUCCUAGCACUUUUCUAGAAUUUACAGUGCUUUGACCACUUUAUUUUAUUAUGAUUAUUUUUUCUUUGUUUAUCACUCCCAGCUGCCUCUUUUCAAUGCUAAAGCUGCCCAGUGUUGUGUUAUUAAACUCAUGAGUGUGAUUGUCGUUUUCCCAUAAAGUUUGAAAGAGUUAUUAUGUUGAUUCCAUAAUAUAGACAGUGGAAAGAAAAGAAAAAAAGAUCCAUUUUGUGAAAUGGUACCAUAGUUCUGUUAAGCAAGAACAGGGUAAGUACGAAAAGAACGUGUGCAAGAGUGAGACGAAAUGGGAAGAUUAAAAACGUUUGUUUGGUAGCCUUUUUUUAUGAUUGGAAGAUGUUUGAAUAUCUUCCCUUUGUUUCUAUUUCCUCUGUCACAACCUAUUUUCUUGUUGAUCUCAUUGAGAUCUUAUAAAUGUUAUCAAACUUGUUUUGAAGUUUAUGGUCAGAGGUUGAAGCCCAUUGAAACUACAACUGUUCUCACCUAUAAAACAAACACAAAUUUGGGGUAUUUUGAUUUUAACAAUUGCGCUUUCAGUUUUCUUGGCCAGUUUCGACUAUCUGGAGCUUCUUUGAUUAGCGUUAGCUGCAUUUUCUAGAUGUUUUAUUUGGAAUGUUUUUGUUUUAUUUGCUUUUAUUAAAAUUUCAAGGUGAUUCUGAGCUGCUAUAAAAACAGACGGCAUAACAACAAUUGACUGUUGCUGCAGUGACAAUAUAAGAGAACAGGUGAAAAAUAUUCUUUAUGCAUAUAAUUAGCUGUAAAAUUAUUUGUAUUUAUUGUGUACAAAUGUUAAAUAAAAAAUUGGGGAAAGUGCCUCGGCAUUGUUGU